AUGAAAAUUGAAAUCCUUUCUCUACUGGCCUUUUUGGCUGCCCGUAUCGUGGCAAAAUCACUCCCGCCAGGCGACCUCCGCUCUCUUUGCCCCGCCGACCAAGGCCAAAAAACUGGAACAAUAACCUUUUACAACGGUGUCGAAGCGGAAUACACUUGCCGCGUAAAGGUGUCCGGCAAUCCUGAAUCUACUGAAGUGAUGGCGGCGACCCCCCAAGCAUGCGCUACAAAGUGCAUCGAAAAUCCAGAUUGCUCUAGCGCCUUGUUGCAGGCCUCGCAAAAACGAUGUAUGCUCUACACCUCUGAGGUGACAUUCAAACCUCAUUCUCGCGGCUCCCUCUAUCUAAAGCCCAUUCGCAAGCCUUGCCAAGAUUGUCAAGACGAGAAAGAAAGGUGUGAAAGAGAGUUGGACGCCCAGAAAGAAUGGGACGAGCAUUUGCAGAGGGACAUAGAUGAAUUUCGGGAUCUGCUUAGGGAGGCUGAGCAAGAAAAUAAGGACCUGAAAGCCAAGCUCAAGACCUGCGAGCACAGGGAGCUCUAG